GGCGGCGGGGGCGGGCCGGGGCGGGGCGGCGCGCUGACAGGCAGCCCGGCCGCCCGCCGUAAACAGCAGCCGGGCGACGGAGCCGGGGCUGCUCCAGCCCAGCCGGAGCCUCAGAGACCCCCCCCCCCGGCCCGUCGGCAACGCCGCGGCUCGGCCGCCUCCCAGGGGCAUGGGCGCGGGCACGGGCAGCAGCCGCAGCCGGAGGAGGAGCCGCCGGGCAGGGCCCUGCGCGGGGCACCGAGGUGCAAGGCCUGACAAUGGCACUGAAUGAGUGCUGCCUUCAAGCCUCCUUCCUGUAAAUGAUUGGACCAAACAAGGCGGUGUGAUGAACAUGCCACUGCAUCAAAUCUCUGUCAUUCCAGCUCAGGAUGUUACCUCUUCCAGAGUCUCCAGGAGCAAGACCAAAGAAAAAGAAGAACAGAAUGAGAAAGCUUUGGGCCAUUCUGUGAGCCGCUCCAGUAACAUCUCUAAGGCUGGAAGUCCAACCUCUAUCUCUGCUCCUCAUAGCUUCUCUCGGACUUCUGUUACACCAUCCAAUCAGGACAUCUGCAGUUCCAGUGCAGUGUUUUCUGAAUGUUGUCAUCACAGUCCAGUGCAGUCUGCUGUUGUCUUGAAAAAUCCUCACUGCCAGAGCUCUCUGACACAAGGGGUCACUGUGACAGUAAUCUGUCAGGACACGUUACAUGCAGCAAAGAGAAACUCCCGUGGGCAGGAUCGGGGCCAGGCACUCAGGUCUGCUAAGAAUGUAAAGCCCACCCGCACCCUGAAAUUCUCCAAGUCCCUCAAUGACGUGGACCAGAAGGCACAGAGCACCAGCGAGUGCUUUGACUAUGUGGAGCGAACAUGCUCAGAAGGCAAAUUGACCCCGACUCAAGAGCAGUAUUUGAGGAUUAACAAAUCUCAUCUUAAAGAGAGGAAAUCGCUGAAUCUCAGGCCUCUUUCUUUUAGCAAUUCUAAACACUCCUACAUCCCCUCCCUUUCCAACUAUUCGAGUGCAUCGGGAGGAGCAGAGAACCGCAGCGCUGUACACAUCCCCUUGCUGGAGGACAAAGUGGACCAUGACACCUCAAGAAGCAAAAAACUGUUGCGUUACCUUUUUUCCUUCUCCCACAACUCCAGCACCAGCAGCCUGCAUAAGUUCCACGAACUGGAGAGCUAUUCCAGUCACUUUCAAGCUGAGAAAUCCUCCAGCAUGCUGGUGGAAAGCACAGACUUCUGCUCUGAUGAUAUGGGAGAUGAUGACGUCUUUGAGGACAGCACCUCAGUGAAAUUGAAAACAAAAGAGCAGCGGGCACCGCUCUGUUCGGUUGAGAAGGACAGUGACCUUGACUGCCCUUCCCCUCUCUCAGAAAAAUUCCCCCCUCUCUCCCCUGUGUCUACAUCGGGGGAUACCUGCAGGAUAUGUCACUGUGAAGGAGAUGACGAGAGCCCUUUGAUUACCCCCUGUCACUGCACGGGAAGUCUUCAUUUUGUGCACCAAGCCUGCCUGCAGCAAUGGAUCAAGAGCUCAGAUACACGAUGCUGUGAACUGUGCAAGUACGAGUUCAUCAUGGAGACAAAACUGAAGCCUUUGCGAAAGUGGGAGAAGUUACAGAUGACAGCCAGCGAGAGGAGGAAGAUCAUGUGCUCUGUAACAUUCCAUAUCAUUGCCAUCACCUGCGUUGUGUGGUCUCUGUAUGUCCUCAUAGACAGGACUGCUGAAGAGAUUAAACAGGGACAGACUACUGGGAUUCUAGAAUGGCCAUUUUGGACUAAGUUGGUGGUUGUGGCUAUUGGUUUCACUGGAGGACUUCUGUUCAUGUAUGUACAAUGCAAAGUGUACGUACAGCUAUGGAAGAGACUUAAAGCUUAUAACCGAGUAAUAUAUGUACAAAACUGUCCGGAAACUAGCAAAAAGAAUAUUUUUGAAAAACCUGCACUAAUGGAGCCAAACUUUGAAAGUAAAGAAAUGCUUGGGGUUCACCAUUCAGAUACAAACUCUUCACAUUACACAGAGCCCGAAGACUGUGCUGCAGAAAUCCUUCACGUCUGACUGCUGGGUGGGAGGGAUGUUUCUGUAUGUCCUUGAAGUUUUAAAAUAUCAUUGUUUACUGCAAACUGCUCUACCUUUUUAAAAUUGGCUAACAGCCGAGGACUGGCAGAUGAAGUUUUUUACAUUUGCGUUUUGUGGGAAUUUUUUUAAAUCCCUUUGGCAUAUCUGUCAAUGUUAUCAUGGUUGCAUACCUCUCAACGUUUCGUCUCACGUACUGGGCUGAUCAAAGAGCCACAGGUUACUGAGUAGAAUGAGCCUUGGUUGUGGUAUUAAGCAAGCCACUAGUGAACUGUCGUCAACUUAAUGGAGUCUGUUACUUUAGAAGAUGACUCUAAAUGAUUCUGGAAGAUGUGUAGAGUGUUGGUUGUUGUCUUUUUUUCCUGUCUUGUUUUUUUUUUUUUUUUUUUAAGCAGGAUGAAGGAGAGCUGUCCCAGACUCUGAGGGAAAUGAGAAAGCUAGAGUCUAAUCUACUGCUAACACUGCCACUAACAUUUUGUCUUAGGCAGCAGGUGUAAAAUUAUGCUUUACAUAUUGUGAUGAGACUCAUAAAGCAUAUAGCACUUUUAAAAAUCUUUAUUUUGUAAUAUGUAUGUCCAAUGAGAAUGAAACUUGAAAGAAUGUGUCACUUUCAGAACAUUUCUUCAUUCUCUACCCCAUCCAUUCUACUGAAACGUAAACCUCUUGCCUUAUCUAAAAAAAAAUAUUAAAAUUCCAACCUGUGAUUUCCAACACAUGCACACAUUAUCUUACUAAACAUAACACUAAAAAAUUGCCUCUUCGGGUUUCCUUUGAGGAACAAUGUUUUUUUCAAAGAAUGUUGCACUUGUGACUUGUGUUUGGGGAGUAGUGGAUGUGUACAGUGUUUGUUUUCAAUGCAUAAUGGUUUCAAUGCUCUGGGGAUUGGUUUUGCUUUUUUUUUUUUUUUUUUUAACAGGUCAGGCCAUCAACGGACCUGCACUUAUAUACCUGAUGUAACUUUCAUUCCAAACCAUUGCUUAAGGUUUUGUUGGUAUAUUAGUAAAAAUGUGAGCUGUUAUGGAAAAAAGAUACUUAGUCAAUACAGCUGAAAUUGGUUUUCCUUCUUUAGUGCUGUGUCAUGUGUGAAUUACCCAAGAAUUUGGCACUGUGAGGGGAGGUACUAAGCUCAAAUUUGAGGAAGUAAAUACUACAUUAAGUGUAUGAGUUUAAAAAUGGUUUUAGUCCUGAUAUGAUGGUCAGAGAAUUGCUUUGGCUAUUGCUUUGAACGAAAAGAGGGACAUUGUUAAAAUCUGUAUGCAGAGCUUUCGACAGACUUACCCACUUACUGGACUGGUCCACUUCACUGAACCACUCUCCAGUUUCAAGUCAUUUAACCAAAGCCUCAUGUCAGUGUGACUGGGUCAGGCCCAAAGCCCCGCUAAAACUCAGCACAUGAGGCUUCUGCAUCCAAAAGCUAACUUCCUCUACCAGAGCCCAGUCUAAAUCUCUGUAAAGUCAAUGAUAGUUUUCUGACUGGUGUUAGCAGGAGCUACCUGGACUUCUCAGUUAGGUAAAAGCUUCUGUUUACUUGCUGAGAUACUGAAUUAAAUCCUGAGGUCCAGUUCAGGUUAUACUUUGUCCUUUCCAAGUAGAACUUUCAUUGGUCAUAAUCUUUUCAUAUCAAAAUAAGUUGCGAUAACAUAUCCCAAAGAAUAAGAGAUCAGUGACUUUUUUUCUUGAAAUGUAAUAUUAAUUUAUUUUUAAUUUAAUCUUUAAAAAAAUGCCUGAGAGGGGUCUAUGGUCAGAGAACACACACUAAGAGCUGUUAGAAGAAAAGUGUGCGUGUGUGCCUCUGUAUGAUCUCAUGCUUGAAGCUUACUGGCUGUGAUCUUUAUGAACAACAUGGUACUUUGUUCUUGAGAUGUUCUAAUAUAUAAAGACUUCUAGACAGUCCUAGCAAAGCUGCACUGGCGUGGGUUUGCAUACUGUGUCAGGUGUCAGGAUCUCCCAUGCUUAUGUGAUAAAAGACAGACAAGCCCUGCUAGUACCUGGGAAGCAGUCUUCAUGGCCGUGUUCAUGUAGAGUUUGUUGCCUACACCUGCCAUAUUUUAAAGUGCAAUUACUCGGACCCUUUCCCAAACUCUGAGAACCCAGAUAGGUAACAUUCAGUCUUGGUUUGGUUUGUUUUUUUUUGUUCUGUGAAAAGGUUUACUGGAUAAACUCAGGUGGGUUAAUCAGGUCUUACACACCUUCAUCAUUUUCUUCUGAAAUGCCCAAGUGCGCACGGCUUUCAUGUCUUCAAGAUGCACAGAAUCAGCUGCUGACUGAUGCUGUGUGCGUUCUCAUCUGAUCUGUGGCCAGUAGGGGAAAUGAAAAAGGGCAAGUUCUGAUAUGAAACCUGUUUGUACUCCAGCUCACAUCUGAGAGGCAAAAGUGUCUGACUGAUGUUCUGACAAGCACCACUAUGGCAUACUGUAAAAUGCUGGUCCUGUUUCAAUCACUGUCAUAAAUGAUUCUUGGUGAAGCAUUGUGAAAUCUCAUUUGGUGUUUUGGAAGCUCCAUGCAACAUAUGCCAGUUGGUGUUCAGUGUAUUCAGGAUGCUGAGGUUUUCUUUUGUUUGUUUGUUUGUUUUUGCUUUAACCCUAUGUAUUUGCAACUUGGGAAGAAAAACCAUCCCCAGUAAAAUCAUCUGGGGAAAAAUAAUUGCAGAUAAAACUGUUUUAGCCAGCGUUACUACUUACCAUCCCCUCUCCACAGAGGCUUUUUUCUAAAAGAAAGGCAUAGUAUAUAAUUCUGAAUGCUACUGAGGAUUGCUUAAACCAGCAAGGGCUGGUUUGAGCUGGUUUGAACCAGAAGAGAUCCAUCUGUCAGGAUUUUUUGUUAUGCUGAUCACACUUGUGCUAAUUCUUGCCUGAUGUUAACAGGGGGCUUCUGGAGAUGCAGUUCUCUGCUUCUGCAUGGUGCUAUCAAAUGAUAUAAGAAGGCUGAAUGGUGCUUUUUCUUUCUUCCUCCUUAAAGAGAUUCUGUUGACUUGUUUUCAGCUUCUAGCUGUGAGGCACUGAUGCUAGCUCAGAUUGAGCACCGUCCUUUCUGCCCGGAUGUUGGUAAGGGAAACAAUUGUGCCCCCAUCACACCAGGCAUUCCAAAACUUCCUUUUGGCAGCUUUUGAAAUGACAAAGUCUUUUCUGGUCCUUGUCCUUUCCCCAGCAUGAGUUCAGAUUACCUGUGACUUCCCUGAGAUAAGAAUGUAAAUACGAGGGAAUAAAGGCUUAAUACCAUCUACCACAGCCCGUUUGCUAGAUUGCCAGAGCCCUUACUGAUAUGGCAUAGACAUCUGACCAGACUCCCAUGCUAUUGACUCUUCAGUCCUGUCCAAAAAAUCACUGGCUAUGCCAAAGAAAUCUCCCUGCUACAUCGUGUUCGGUGCAUCUGCCAGGUCAUGAACAUGUAUUAUGUUAGAAAUACAGGCAAAUGUUGCAGAAGAUUGCUUCACUUUAUGAGAUCGUGAGAUGUUAAAUUAAUCCCUAUGACUUCUCAGGACUUUCUUCAGCUGUAAUCCAGUAUUUUGGGGAGGGGGUCUGUGUUUAAAAUGUUUCCCUGGGCUCUGAAGAGGUGGCCAGUCCUGCCACCAUUACCUGGUGAAUGUCGUUGAGGUUGGCUUCGCUUCAGCAGGAGGGAUUCAACAAAGGUUACACUAAGCCUGCAAGGAGCUAGACAAGUGCUGGGCCUCUGUCCCACAGCCUGUGAAAUCCUGGGAAUCAAUAGUAACUCCCUGUCCAGCGCUUCUACUGUGUCCCCUGUACUGAUCAGGGCAUCCAGCCUACUCAUGCUGGUGCUGUAUCAGGAGCAGAUUCCUUCUGCCCUGUGUUUGGCUGGGUAAGUAUCUAUUACAAACUGGGACUCGGAUCCUGUAAAGCUGAGGUGUGUUAAGAUACAGAUUUCCAGUGUAGUCUGCUAUGGAGGUUGUGGCCAGCAAUGAAAUGGAGGUCUGUGUUUCUGGUUGGGUCCCUCUCAAAUGUUGGUGAAACAGGGCAAAUACAAAAGCAAGGAUAUUGCUGGCUAGAUUUUCACAGCAUUAUAUUAGAUAUGCAAAGAAAACUUCUGAACAGGACCUUUUAUUUUGUGAUUAUUUUCUAGUUUUGAGAUAUUGCAGUGUCUGUAUAUCCCAAUGAAGUACUGAGAGCACUUGUCUUUGUAUAGAAGAUAACUGUUUAAAAAUUGCAGCUGAUCUUGUACUUAGGUAAAACAUUUGUAGGUAGGUAAUUGUAUAACAUUAAACAACUUUACACUGGCAUGUGUUGUAUAGUUUAUACAAGACACUUCACAGUUCUGCAGAUUUUUUUAGUUAGUAAAUUUCUAGUAACUUAAAUGUAUAGUUUUGUAUCCUUUCAUGUAUGUUCAUUUUCUCAGUAUUGCCACUUGCAGAAUUAUUUUUAGUUUCUUAAAAUGUAAUUAGUUAUUUGUGUGUGAUACACAGGGUUAUUGACUGCAGCAAUAAAGUGUUUCUAU